AUGCGUUUACGAACCGCCGCCCGAGUCAUCCUGGUGGGGGCACCGGGAGUAGGGAAGGGCACGCAGUCACAACGCCUCCUCCGACGUUUCCCGCAGCUGUCAUCCAUCAGCUCAGGGGACCUGCUCCGGUAUCAUGUCAAGGAGCGGACUCCUCUCGGAAUCAAAGUUGAGGGCAUCAUGAAGAGUGGUGGGCUGGUCCCGGACGAGCUCAUCCUUCGCCUGAUCACGAACGAGUUUCAUACGCGCGGCUGGCUGCGCCCGGCCAACCCGGCUGACAGCGUCAUGACGCUGGCCUCGUCAGUCAUUACGAACCACAGCGCUACUACAGAGCAUUCCCGAACCGUCGCCGAAGAAGCCGAUGCCUUCAUCUCCUCCCCCUCCCACGCGCGAGGCUUCCUCCGGCCGCAAAUCAACGACGACCCCUCGGCGUCCUUCCUGCUCGAUGGUUUCCCACGCACACAAAACCAAGCCGAGCGCCUGGACGAGAUCGUUCCCAUCAAUCUCGCCGUCUGGCUGAAGACCCCUCUCGAGGUCAUUCUGGAGCGUAUCUCCGGCCGCUGGGUACACGAGCCAUCGGGCCGGGUCUACAACGACUCGUUCAACCCGCCCAAGGUGCCCGGUCGCGACGACGUAACAGGCGAGCCGCUGGCCAAACGGGCUGACGACAGCGAGGAAGUGUACCGCGCGCGCUGGGCCAAGUUCCUCGAGACCAGCGAGCCACUGCUCGAGCACUACGCCAAAAAGGGCGUGCUGUGGGAGGUGGAGGGCAUGAGCAGCGAUGAGAUUACGCCAAAGUUGUUCGCCGAGUUUGAGCGGCGGUUUGCCGAGUAA